UUCAGCUCUGUUCAAAUUUACAACCAGUUCAAUUGCUAGCAUGCCGAUAUUCGAUGGCAAACGCGCCUGGUUCUCGGCGAACGUUCCCGCUGCACAUAUCAGCGCCUGGGUGGCUGACGGCGGGAUACAGAUCAGAGACAUACGAAAGCCGGCCAUUCAAUACUACUUCAGCAAUGCGCUGGACGACGAGGAGACCGUUGAGCUGAUGCGGCGGCAAGAGAAGGUUGUUUACAAGUCUGCGUGGAUCACAGACUCCUCGCUUUCCCGCACACGGCAGCCAUUGGGCUCGUACACCCUGCAGGGAUUCCGACAGUUGGACCGUCUGCUCAGCAGCCCAGUAGUGGAGCGGCACACGUCGGUGCGCGGCAAUCACUCGCCAUAUGCGCGGCAUUCCGCCGUUGUCGACCUGCAGUCGCAGUCACCGCCAGCAAACUUUUAUGUAUCUCCGCGACACAUGCUUCAGCAGCCUAGACAAUGGCGAGCAGCUCGCCGAGACGAUAUCUCGGAGACCCAGAGCAUGCGCUCGCAGUCCAGCAUGCGCUCGAACACAAGCUCCGUGCUCAGCAGCUAUGGCCGCAGGCAGCGUGUCGUUAGUCGGUUUAUUAUACAUGCCGAUCAGCCGACCAGAAAUUCGAUUAUGAGCGCUGCCGUGGACUUUACGCCCAACGAGCACGGGUUUGUCGCCUACAAGAUCCCGAAGCUGGCGUAACCAGCGCUGAUUUUGUGUAUUUUUAGAAGCCCUGUGCUUGCCCAACAAUGGAGUAGACUGGCGUGCAUGC